AUGCCAGUAACACGUACAACGCGCAGCGGCAGAUUCAACUCCAGUCCAGAAGACGUACUGCCAUUAAAUAAUGGCAAUGAAGCACCACGGCAAAAGACACCCACCAAAAAAUCGCCUGACCGAUCAGAAGGACGAAGCAAGAUGAACGCAGAAUAUAAGGAUUUACUGCUUCAAUUUAUCCAUAUUCUUCAACGAACGGAUAAAGAGGAAUCACUGCAAACAGCCAAUGCCAUCACUUUAAACGACCUACGAUCUAAUCUGGAAGCAGACAAAUAUGCCAAUGUCAGCGAGUUCAAAAACGAGUUGGAUCAGGUAUUCAUCUCUGCUGUACAAGGCUUCCGGCUGGAUCGUACAAAGAUUGCUUACGUGGAGCAACUGUACCGCUACGCCGUAUCGACGCUUCAAUUAGAGACGCGACGUAUGAAACGGAAAUUGAGCCAAACCGGCGACGAUGAUGCCGAUCAAAUCAAAUAUGAUGAAUCCAUAGCGCCUAGGAAAGCGCUUUUCCGAUCAACCCCCGACGGCUUUGUAUUUACGGAUGCCACCAUAUGCGCAAACGAUACCGAGAAUCACGCCCAAAUCUUACCUGCCAAUGUUGAAGAAAUGUUGAUUCAUUCUACACCCGCUGACAUGUACGAGGUCCCAACACUAAGGAGUACAGUCGCUUUACCGCCUCGAUUCCCGCCAAAGACAUUCAAACAUGAAGAUAAACCUGUGAUUGGAAUACAAUGGUUGGACUAUGGCGCUUUUUCAAGCUUUGCCCCUGCCUGCGAUUCGCGCAAUGCCAAUGUCUCUUAUGAAAGCACUUACAUGGGACGCGCAGCAAAACGAUUUAAAAAGUGGGAACGAAAGCAACGUAAUCUGCAAAAGCAAGGAAAAUUACCUCUUUUACCGAAACACGCGUCGCCAACGACAUCGACACCUCACAGUAAUGACAGCCCAAAUAGCGAUAAAGAAGGUGACGCUAAUGGUGAACUCGACACGGCGUGGCUCAAGCAGCAGGAUCUUGAUGUCGACACCAUUCUUCAUGUUGCUGAGGGAAAAUCAGCCAAAGUGGAUGACGUGAUUGUGCCUGAUCCUGCAAACGUUGAAGCGAUAUUGGAAAGAAACAAUCAACUUUUAAGACAGCUAUUGCAAAGACAAGAACAUCGAUUCAGUUUGGGAGAUGUUCAAUGGACGAACAUUGAUGACACAGAAUUGGAGACCGCUAAAGUGUUGCAAUCCAAGAUUUCGGAGCUGAUGGCCAAGGUUCCACCCAAAGAUCUUAUUACGCCGGACGAGAUCCAAUCGGCUAUGGAGCGAUUACCGUUACUGGAGACUGCUUACAGAGGCAAUCUUCCACCCAACAAAAUCUUUGCGUUCCCAACCACGGACAAAAUCGAACCUUUACCACCAUAUGCCAAUAUCACACCGACAUAUCAAAAAGAACGAUGGCGACUCAUUGAUGUCGGACCUAUUCCACCUCGAUCCAACACCACCACCACCACCACCCACUCUCCUGCAGGGCCGGUUCCAUCUCCAUCCUUUGCGCAGCAACCGUCAUCCCAACCCCAACCCAGUUUCAUGAACAGUGCCGUGCCUUACUUGACGCAGCAGCAAGUUCGUCGCAAUUCGGGUGCCAACAUGAUUUCACCCAGUCCUUUAUCCCAGGUCAUGUAUCAAUCAUCUGCCUUUUCUCCAGGCGCCAUGCCCACUCCUCCUAGAUAG